AUGAGCACCCAAGCCGAACACCCAUGUUCCGUGUGCGACCGGAAGACGAAGACGACCUGCGGUGGCUGCCGGGUCGUCUACUUUUGCGACCGCAGCUGCCAGGCUGCCAUUUGGUCGACGCACAAGUGGCUCUGCAAGAACUCGCCCGACAUGUUCACCUUCCCUGCCUUGACGACGGACGAGGCUGCAACGCUCAAGCAGCUUGUAGGCGAUUCGAAUCCCAUUGUCAAGACGGCUAUGAAGCGAAUCAAGCUGAGAGAGCGGGACGGCUGGCAGAGCGGAAAGUACGACAGCUUUAUCGACGACCUCGCACGCGUUGACUGCCCCGUACCUGAACCCCGCCGCUCACUCCGCCUCCUCGAGCUGCACUUCCUCCUGCGCGACCUCCAAACCCGCUCGGUCUCGCCCUCCGUAACCCCGACACCCUGGACCGACGUCGCCUACAUACACUGGAUCAGCUUCGACAGCAUCCAGAUGAUGAACCACUCGCCUCAGCUCCGACGACCCGGCGCGAACCCGCUCGUCCUCCUCAACCAGCCCUUCCGCCAGCUCCUGAUCUACUUCACGCUCGCACAUUGGCGACGCGCGAAACAGUCGCUUCCGAAGCUGCAGAGCGGGUCGGACUUGGUCGAGUUUGCGCUGGACCGGCUCGAGAACAGCGGAGCGGCAGGGCUCGAGCAGUACGCGGGACUGUUGGGUAUCAACGGGAUGUCACUGACAAUGGGCGAUGACGACGGCUCGCCUAUGCCGUACGAGACGCCGGCAGUGAACGCAUUCGGCGCGGGCGGAGGAGCGAUGAACGAACAGAUGAUGGCGCUGAUGCGCGAGCUGGGACUCGACGGCGGCGGUUUGGGCGGGAGCGGUGGAUUCGCUGGGUUGUAG